GGCGCAACUGUUUGCAUGGAGCAUGGUGCAGUGCAUGCAAGAUACAGGCGUGAGGGCAGUGGCGGUCGGGAUCUGCAAGUCGGCUCAAUGCGCUGGCACCAGGAGAGUCAGAAGCAUGAAGACGCGGUGAGGAAGCAACAACACCUACUGACAGAAGUGGAGAACCAGAAGAGGAUGGAAGACUUUGUUGCGAAUGACCCAGAGGGAGCGCGCAUCAUUCGGCUACUUUGCACCAUGUUGUUCAUCUGCAAGGAAGAUGCGCCCAUCAGAAUGUUCACCCGCCUUGUGGGCUUCAUGGUGCAUGAAGGGGUGAAGGACGUUCCUAAGCAGAGCUACGGUGUCUACAUAACACAGUACGAUUUCAAGGAGAUGGUGAAAUCCAUGGUGGCUUUCUUGCAGGUGCAACAGAUGUCGCAUAUUCACGCAUCGACAGGACGCGCGGGAAGCACUUGAUCCUGUUUGCAACAUUUUUUAAGAAGCG